UUUCUCAGAGUCCGUAUCCAAUUUUGUGAUGUAGCUCUCCUUGCACUGUUGAUAAAGUAUUGUUAUAGCUACUAGCAUGUUAACAUUUCAUAGGAGGAACUGUAAACUUUCCGGAUAUUCCAUUCACAAUUAUAUGCAAAACGGCUGAAUGUGAGUAAUAAAUGUGGAUGUAAAACAUGCUCGUACGCUCAGUUUAGAUUGAUAAAAUUAGAAGCAUGAUUUGAACAAGCGAACUGUAAAGGUUUCGCUAGAUUAGUCAUUGGGAGAAAAAGUUUUUACAAUCUGCGAGACAAGAAACUGAUUUAAGCUAAUCUAACUGUGAAAUAAGAUCAUUUGGAAGCACAGCGAGUCUGUUCCUGAUCGAGAAGCAAGAAGUAGUGAAAUGUUAACAGAGGGUUAGGCGAAUUUCUGUUAUACAAGUACAAUUGAACUUCAUGAUCCAAAAGGACUAGAAAAUAUUACAAGACUUAGUACAAUUUUCAGAAGUUACAAUAUGCUGGACCUCGUCAAGAUAACGAGUCAAAAAGUUACCAUUCCGGAACCGGAUGCACUAGGAAUACACGUAGAGAAACCUAAAUUCCCCGAAUUUGCCCUUGUAUCUAAACGUCUAGAAUCGUACCAAAAUUGGCCAGAAAAUAUUCCCACCGACAAGAAAGAUCUAACAGAAGCAGGUCUCGUUUACACUGGAGUUGAUGACAGCGUCAGGUGUUAUUUCUGUGGUGGGGGUUUAAAAAACUGGGAACCCGGCGAUGUUCCCAUGGAAGAACAUGCGCGGUGGUAUCCAAAAUGUCCGCAUGUAAUACUGGUUAAAGGACAAGCCUAUGUGGACAGAAUUAACCGAGGUGAAGACUCUGAAGAGACCGAUAUCGGCAAAGACCAG